GCCACUCUAGAGCAUCUUCAAUCCCCUCCUUCUCUCCUGAGAAGCCCCUCUCCACUUCCUUUUCAUAAAUUUAAAGAACUGGACACGACCUGUCUUGUACCUCAACAGCAGAACAGAACGAGCAUGGCUGGAGCUUCUCUCAACACCAGUCCCAACCUAGCUGUCAAGCCCAACGCUGCCGCCCCCUCCACCAUCAAGUUCCUCUACAGCUAUGGCGGCAGGAUCCUCCCCCGUUACCCCGAUGGGAAGCUCCGUUACCACGGUGGCGUAACCCGUGUCCUCGCCGUUGACCGCUCCAUCUCCUUCGCUGAGCUCUUGGUGAAGCUUGGGGAAUUGUGCGGAACGUCGGUGAGUCUUAGGUGUCAGCUGCCGACGGAGGAUCUGGAUGCGCUGGUAUCGAUCACCUCCGAUGAGGAUCUCGCCAAUCUCAUCGAGGAGUACGAUCGAGCUGCUUCACCGACCUCCUUUGUAAAGAUCCGAGCCUUUAUCUCGCCACCUAAAUCUGCCAAAAAAGUCUCGCCCCCGCCUUCAACAGUCGCGUCCGUUGGCCUAAUUGGCGGAGCAUCUCCGAAAUCGGCAUAUUCCAUGGCUAGUUCUUCCCAAUUUCCGGUGGAUCGGUGCAUCCACCAGAUGGCGAAGCCGGUAUUGUAUCCUUGUGCUAUGAGAAAUCUGGUGCUGGAACGGUUCAUCUUCAUCCUUAUGCUCGUCAUCGAAACCCUAGCCAUACAUACUUUGUUCACAAUGGCCACUAUUGGCAAUAGAUCUGCU